GACUUUCCAUGAGCUCUGCCGUUUAGUUAGGGGAAGUUGUGCAAAAAGAGGGUGUUGUUCAAAACGUCACUUGCAAGGUUUCAGCUGUCAGUAUAUAAAGCCUCUGUCUGAGGCAAAAACAACAAACGAUUAUUUUAAAGCUGAACUUUUUGAGAAGAAACUUAUCAGUAGAUCUUCCAUCUCUCUUCAGCAGAUUCCUCUCAUUGAACCAAUUUAUUCCACAGGAUGUCUCACAGGAACCCUCUACUGUUCUCCUCAGCAGCCCUGCUCUUCUUCCUGGCCUGGUUUGGUGGUCUGGUCGACGGAGAGGUCAGCAAUGAUUUCUCCAAUUGCCUUGUCUUCUUUUACAAUAAAACCACUCCGACAGGUAUCUCAGAGGGGCACAAGCAUAUAUGCCAGCUCUACAAGAACAGAUAUCGUUUUGCCACCCUGUACCACGGUCAGAAUCGGAGCCCUUUGUUCUCCGCCUACAUUCUGAGUCUUGCAGACGGAAAGCGGCCUGAAGCAAAGUGGAUGUAUGAACCACAGCUGGCUAGUUCCACUGCCAGUCGAGAAAUGAAGCUUUUUAGUGAUACUGUUGAUCAAAAUGUGAUUGAAAGCCAAGCAGUCCUCCAGGACUACAGGGGCUCAAGCUUCUCCAAAGGACAUCUCAAUCCUAGUUCUCACCAGAGCACGAAGGAAGACAGAGAAGCCACCUUUACUCUGACAAACAUCGUCCCUCAGCAGGUUGGAUCCAACUGUGGCCCCUGGUGCAAACUGGAGAAUGAGGUGUUGGAAAGAUUCAAGGCCUUCUGCAAAGGGUCAAUGUACGUAAUCACUGGUGUCAUGCCUUACGAGUCCAAGACACACUGGAUCAAUAACAGAGUGUCUGUUCCUGAGUACAUGUGGUCUGCUUACUGCUGCCCCUCAUACAUAUCUAACCUUCCUGAGGAUAUGGAACCGUUCUUUCCUACAUAUGCUGCCGUGGGAAGAAAUGAUCCCAGCAGUGGACAGGAGAUUGUGCCUGUUAAUGCCAAAGCGAAGCCAUUAGUGGGAGGCUAUGAUGUGAGGCAGAUGCCCUUGGAGACCUUGGAGGGUAUCCUGGCCAAGAGGCUGAAAGCGUCAGUCCGUCUGUUUGAUGGCAACUGUAAGAAAUAAAGGAAGUUGCCUUAAUAAAAGAGCUGGUUUUAUUAUUUACUGUUGAGUCAGUUCAUAUUCACACCACUUUGUAAUCAUUUGGAGUUUUAGUAAUAAACUUUAUAAACCUAG